ACCAGGAGCCGGGGAGGGCCCGGAGCUACGGGGUAGGUGCCCGGGCUGGGAGCGCGUGGCAUGCGGCAAGGACCAGCAAGUCCGGAGGCUCGACAGGCGGGCCCCCACGAGUGAUGCUGUCCCCGGCCAGUGGACGUGCGGCCCUCGGACGGCGUCUCCUCCAUGGAGCCAACUUCUCUUCCCAUCCGCCAGUCCGUAGGGCUCUGGCAGGGAGGCGGGAGCUGAAGUAGAGCGAGGCCCGGUGUCCCACGUGGUCCGGGGAAACUGGUUUCCCUGCAUCCCAUGAGCUAAGUGUUCACGUUUAGGUCUCACGUUAUUGCUUCAAAGUUAGCCAAGGCGUAUAAGCGUGCGUGAAGGGAAAUAUAAAUGUAGUUAGAGUGGGGACUGAAGCUUUAGACUAGCGAGAUGCUAAGCUCCUCUGCGCACGUGGGCGGCGUCUGCAAUGACAUCGCUCUCCCCGCUCCAACUCCCGCUGCUCCCCAUCAGGGAAGUAUAGUUUGUUUUCCGAAAGCUAGAAAAGAGAAGCCAAAAUCUAAGAAGACUGAAGAAUCAACAGAUGGAGAAGAAGAAAGUAUUUCUUCCAAAGCUAAAACAGUUAAAAAGAAAGCAGGAUCUUCUGAAGUAGAUGUGAGUUCUCCUAAAUCCAAAAGGGCAAAAAAGCAAGAGGAGCCACCUCAAGAUGAUCUUAUUUCUUCUAAAACCAGAAGUGCCAAAAAGAAAAAGGAGCCCCUUGAAAAGAAAGCUGUCACUCCUAAAACCCCAAAAGUACCAAAAAGUGAGGAGCCUUCUGAAGAAGACAUAAGUACUCCUAAGCCCAAAAAGAUGAAGAAAGAAAAGGAAGACAAUGGAGAAAUUGGAGAGAAAAGCCUCAAACUGAAGAAUGGAUUCUCUCAUUCUGAACCUGACAUUAACUCCAAUGAAGCUGCCAGUGAAGAAAGUAACAGUGAGACAGAGCAGGAAAUACCUGUGGAACAAAAAGAAGGAGCUUUCUCUAAUUUUCCCAUAUCUGAAGAGACUAUUAAGCUUCUCAAAGCCCGUGGGGUGACCUUCCUGUUUCCUAUACAAGCAAAGACGUUUCACCAUGUCUAUAGUGGGAAAGACUUAAUUGCACAGGCGCGGACAGGAACUGGGAAGACAUUCUCCUUUGCCAUCCCUUUGAUUGAGAAACUACAGGGUGGGCUACAAGACAGGAAGAGAGGCCGUGCUCCCCAGGUACUGGUUCUUGCACCUACAAGGGAGUUGGCAAGUCAAGUAAGCAGAGACUUCAGUGACAUCACAAAAAAGCUAUCUGUGGCUUGUUUUUAUGGUGGAACUCCCUAUGGAGGUCAAAUUGAACGAAUGCGCAAUGGGAUUGAUAUACUGGUUGGGACACCAGGUCGCAUCAAAGACCACGUACAGAAUGGCAAACUAGAUCUUACCAAACUUAAGCAUGUUGUCCUGGAUGAAGUUGACCAGAUGCUGGAUAUGGGUUUUGCUGAUCAAGUGGAAGAGAUUUUAUGUGUGGCAUACAAAAAAGAUUCUGAAGACAAUCCCCAAACAUUGCUUUUUUCUGCAACUUGCCCACAUUGGGUAUUUAAUGUUGCUAAGAAAUACAUGAAAUCUACAUAUGAACAGGUGGACCUGAUUGGUAAAAAGACUCAGAAAACAGCAGUAACUGUGGAGCAUCUAGCUAUUAAGUGCCACUGGACUCAGAGGGCAGCAGUUAUUGGGGAUGUGAUCCGAGUAUACAGUGGUCACCAAGGGCGCACCAUCAUCUUCUGUGAGACAAAGAAGGAAGCUCAGGAGUUGUCGCAGAAUACAGCUAUAAAGCAGGAUGCCCAGUCAUUACAUGGAGACAUUCCACAGAAGCAAAGAGAAAUCACCCUGAAAGGUUUUAGAAAUGGUGACUUUGGAGUUUUGGUGGCAACCAAUGUCGCUGCACGUGGGUUAGACAUUCCUGAGGUCGAUUUGGUUGUGCAGAGCUGUCCACCAAAGGAUGUGGAGUCCUAUAUUCAUCGUUCCGGGCGGACAGGCAGAGCUGGAAGGACAGGAGUUUGCAUCUGCUUUUAUCAGCACAAGGAAGAAUAUCAGUUAGCACAAGUGGAACAAAAAGCGGGAAUCAAAUUUAAACGAAUAGGUGUUCCUUCUGCAACAGAAAUAAUAAAAGCUUCCAGUAAAGAUGCUAUCAGGCUUUUAGAUACUGUACCUCCCACUGCUAUUGGCCACUUCAAGCAGUCAGCUGAGAAGCUCAUAGAAGAGAAGGGAGCUGUGGAGGCCCUGGCAGCAGCACUGGCCCAUAUUUCAGGUGCCACCUCAGUGGACCAGCGUUCCUUGAUCAACUCACAGGCGGGUUUUGUGACCAUGAUCUUGCGGUGCUCAAUUGAAAUGCCAAACAUUAGUUAUGCUUGGAAAGAACUAAAGGAGCAACUGGGUGAGAGUAUUGAUUCCAAAGUGAAGGGAAUGGUCUUCCUCAAAGGAAAGCUGGGUGUUUGUUUUGAUAUCCCUACUGCAGCAGUCACAGAAGUACAGGAGAAAUGGCAUGAUUCGCGACGUUGGCAGCUCACUGUGGCUACAGAACAACCGGAGCUGGAAGGACCACUGGAAGGAUACCGAGGCGGCAGGGGUCAGCGAGAAGGUGGCCGUGGUUCCAGGGGUCAGCGGAGUGGAAACAGAAACUUCAGGGGACAGCGGGGAGGAAAUAGAAGCUUCAGAGGACAGCAGUCAGGAGGUGGCAAUAAAAAUAACAGAUCCCAAAACAAAGGCCAGAAGCGGAGUUUCAGUAAAGCAUUUGGUCAGUGAUUAGAAGUAUAGGAUUUGUGUGGCCAAAAUGGAACUAUAUUUGACGACGCAGAACUGAAUGCUGUCAUUUCAGUUAGCACAUUGUGCUUCCUUUUGACCACUUGCCUAGUCCUCAUCCCUUGAAGAGACAGGCUUCAUUUCAUCUAAGUUAUUUCAUCUGAUCAUUAUUACUUGUAAGUUUAUUGCUACUACUUUUCUCAGCUUUUUAUUAUGAAAGGAAUAUGAAUCCGUCUCAUUUUUCUUCCUAUUUUGUAGAUUACAACAUAAAAAUCAAGCAUGUAUCUUCUACUUGUAAGAUGAUUUUUUUUGGCGGGGGGUGCUGGGGAUUUAACCCAGGGCCUUACACAUGCUGAGCAUGUAUGUACCCUACCUACCACUAAACUACAUCCCCAGUCCCCCAAACUGCCUUUUAAUAGAGUUCUUCCCUAAAUUCACCAAUCUCUGAAGGACCACUUUAGCCUUUGAAAGGCAAGGCUUUUAUUUUUUUCUCCUGUAGUUGGCAUUCCUUGGCCUCCUGCCAAGCGAUUACUCAUGUGGUCCUAGGUCCUAGGUAUUUUCUGAGAAUUAAUACUGAGCAAUAUUUUGAAAUCAGAUUUCAAACUUAGCUAGUUGUAAUACUGUUUAUGCCUGUGUAUGCUCUAGAUUUGAAGGGUAAAAUACAUUUUAUGGAAUCCUCAUACAGUUGUGUGAAUUCUGAUAUGAUACACUUUUAGCUUCUCUUUGUAAAGUGAUUCAUGCUCCAGUGAAUCCUGCACAGAUAGUGUAUAUAGAAAUACAUUCAAAUAGAAAGCCAGUGUCUUUAUAAAUUCCAAAUACAUGAGUUGAUUCCAUAGCUUUCUUUGUCAGUAAGGAGGCUCAAUAGAUGUUUAAAUAACUGUAUUCCACCUUUGGAAGUUUUAACAUUAUUUACUAACAAGGAAUUAAGGGAUGAGGGGACACACUUUUGCUGAGUAGUAUGUCCAAAAGAUCACUGAAAAUAUUUUUACCAUGUAAGAAGGAGAUAUAUGUACUUGAAGAACAAGUAAAAGUGCAUGAUAAAGCAUUCUCUUAAAGGCGAUGACUUCAUGGAUCAUCAGUGUUCCAGGGUGUUUCUCAGUGGCCUAGAUGUUAAUCCACAGUGUAGGACCUAUUUCUGUGAAACAGCUUCUCUAUCAAAAGGUUUUCACUGCUUAGAGACUCCUUUUUAACAUGAACCAUAUGGUUAUUUUAUGUUACUGCUUUGAGGGAACUAACAAACUCAGUGCAGUGCUUGGCCAGGUGGCUCUGUAAAUUCUCAGAUACUAUUUCUGUGAGAAACAUUCUACAUAGCAUAGAAUUUUAAGAGUGGCAUUGUCUUAAUGCCUUUCUAGAAAUUCUCUACUAGGAAUGAAAACUGAAAACGCAUGAUCUCAUUUUUAUUGAAUUGGUUAGAACUGAAGUCUUUCUAGGCUCUGAUUUCUCUACCUGGUCUUUACCUGUGAUUGCCUCUUACCUGAAUCACUUUUGCAGUAUGGGCUCAGACAGCCAACUCUGUUUCCAAUCCUUGAGGCAAUAUUGUUUUGUUUGAACUUAAGUUUUGUCCUCAAAUCCUAACUGGGUAGCCCGUGCUCUCUGUUUUCUGGAUUCUCUAGGCUUUUGUUCCUUUACCGUCUUGUCAGUUUUCACUAUAUUCCUACUCUUCAUAGCUUCCCAUCAAGCCAUAGGGUAUUUGAUGGUAGUCCACAUGUACCUUGUGCUUUACAAUUUAUUAGAUUCUGGUUUUGCCCAAACACUUGGCAUGCUUUUAAUAAUAACUAAAAAUCUUCCAUGAUUUGGAUAGGAACAGGUAACCUUCCCAAGCAGAUUAACAGGAUAUGGCAGCUGCCCUUUUGGAAGGAACAGCUAAAACCUAGAUGUGGAUUAUGGACUAACCUAAAGUGACAUGAUGAAGGGAAAAAACGUUUAAAUCUAGAGUGAGAGGGAAGAUCAAUAAGAAUUUCACUGACUUAAUUUUUUAAGGAAAACAUGGGAGUUUUCAACAAAUGAAGCUAAUGUUUCUUCUGGUCCCAGAAUUUAAACUAUACUUAAGUGUAUAAUUCAGCUAUCUUUGGUUUAAAUGGAUUUGUAGGGCUAGCCUGGGAAAUGUCAUUUUUACUAUUUUCUAUAGGGAAAAUAUUUUCCAAUAUAUCUAUUAAACAACUCAAUGGACUUUCUAAUUACAACUCAUUUUUUAUGUUAGAGCAUUUUGUGUAGUGGUUUCUCA